AUGGUCAAGCGGAAGAGGGGAGCCGACUCCUUGUCGAUUCGGCAUCUGGAAAAGUUCCAGGAAGACAUUUCUCGCGCGCUCAAGGAGGCCAAGGGUUUUGAACGACAGCGCAUGAGCAAGAGACAGCGGGACAUUGACAUAACCGCGGGAAAAAAAGAGAAACUCGAGAGAGAAAUCAACGUACUCAAGUCCUUGGACCUGCACCAGACUGCGCGCGCGCACCUUUACUCGUCACUACUAAGGAUCAAACCCAUUGCGAACCACGACGAUCUGCCCGAGCAGCUCAAGAAGGGCGUUGCGAAACCGGAAUUGGCCGAAGACGAGCGCGUGGUGCUGCACAAUGUCACGAGCGGCCUCUACAACCGCGACGGCGUGAAGAAGGCUGUUGACAAGGCCAUCACCUUCGUCUGCGAAGCCCUUGAUAUCCCCGUGCCUGAAAAGGGCAAAAAGGGCAAGCGUGAGCGAAAGGGCAAGACGCAAGAGACACAAGAACCCGUGCCAGCACCCGUAAAGACGGAAGAGGGCAGCGAGCAAGCGGACGCAGACGACACCGAUUUCGAAGGAUUCAGUGCCGAUGACGACGAAGAUGACGACGAGGCUACACUUAAGAUAGAAGAUCUGGACAGCGACAAAGAAGUCGAACGAGAAAACGACUUUGCAGCCAUGGACGGCUUGCUGGGCAGCUCCUCUGACGAGGACGAGGAUGAGGAGCGCACUCGCCUGUGGGAAAAAUACCGCGGGAAGGAAACUGCCAAUCUGGACGAUAUUUCCGUCUCCGGCGGCGACUCUGACGGCGGCGACCCAGAUGCUGAUGAUGAUGACGACGACGAAGACGACGAACCUUCAGCCAAAACUAAGAGCACGAAAAAGGUCACCUCCCGCGGCGUCUCCCUCUCGCCCUCGCCCUCACCCCCACCAAAACGAUCCAAAAAGGCCGCCGCCGGCAGGCCCACCGACUCGACGUUCCUGCCGUCGCUCAUGGGCGGCUACGUCUCCGGCUCCGAGUCCGCGUCGGACGUGGACGUCGCGCCGCCCAAGAAGCGCCGCGGCCAGCGCGCCCGCCGCGCCAUCUGGGAGCAAAAGUACGGCAGCAACGCCAAGCACAUCAAGGACGCGGCCAACAACAAGGGCCGCGGCCGCGACGACGGCUGGGACAUGAAGCGCGGCGCUGUGGACGCCAGCGACAGCAGGACGCCGUGGAAAAAGGGCGUCAAGAAUCCCUUCUCCUCGGCGUCAGCCGGCAGUGGUGCUGGCGCUGGAAGAUCGCAGCAGCAGGAGACGAGACGGCCGCCGCCGCCGACGAAGCGCGAUGACGAGGGGCCGCUGCAUCCUAGCUGGGAGGCAAGAAAAAAGGCCAAGGAGUCGCUAAAAGCCACGUCCUUUGCGGGAUCCAAAGUUGUUUUCGAUUAG